AUGACGUCAUCCCGAAGUGUAACGUAGCCUCCCUUAGCGCGUUGGCCCGUUGCUGCGAUACGUUAGCGCGUCCGCCAUAUUGGAUAGGGCAACUCUGCCCCAAAUCCGCCACACACACACACACGUUAACAUUGGUAAAUUGUUUAAAAUAUUUGACAUGCAUCGUUUUCAUAAGCAUUGAUUGUUACGCAGUCUGUUUUUUUUUUUAAACGCAUUUUUUAUUUUCGCCUUCGUGACUUCUUCCACCACUGACGUCAUCCGGAAUCGGACCACGCAGGGGCGGAGCUUAGCCGAAGAUGGCGUCGCUGCGCUGCCGGCGGGACCCGUGCGGCGUCGUCUGUGUUUUUUUGACGUACUUUAGCGUGUUCUACGCGGACUACGUGGUGGUGCAGUACGUCCUCAUACCCGCGUACUCGGGCAGCGUGUGGUGUAGCCUGCACGGGUCCGCCUUCAACGUCAUCCUGCUGCUCCUGCUCGCCUGCUACUGCAAGGCGGUCUUCUCGGACCCCGGUGUGGUGCCGCUCCCUGACACGGCGCUCGACUUCUCCGACCUCCGCUCGCAGUCGUCGCGGAUGAGCGACCGGGGUUGCGAGGGCUGGACGGUGUGCAGCCGCUGUGAAACCUACAGACCCCCGCGGGCGCAUCACUGCCGCGUGUGCCAACGAUGUAUACGCCGCAUGGACCAUCACUGCCCCUGGAUCAAUAACUGCGUCGGAGAGCUGAACCAGAAGUAUUUCAUUCAGUUCCUCUUCUACACGGGCGUGGCCAGCGUGUACGCCACGCUGCUGGUGGUGUCGGCCUGGGUGUGGCACAUCCGGACUGAGAGGGACGGCGAGGCGGAGGACGCGCCCGGCAAGCACCUGAUCGUCGCUCACUUCAUCAUCCUGCUGGUGGAGUCUGUGCUCUUUGGCGUCUUCACUCUGAUCAUCUUUUACGAUCAGUUGGCGUCCAUCAUCGCCGACGAGACGCCCAUCGAGCAGAUGAGGAACCGUCUGAUGAUGAAGGAACCAGGCUCCCCGUCGUCUUCGCCGCCGCACCACGCCACGCGCAAGCCCAAACUGGCGCUACUGCGGGAGGUUUUCGGGCGAGGUGAGAUCCCGCCCGCGCCUGGCCCGCCAGCUCUCAAUUUCUGCCGUUCCUCUCCUCCCAUCAGGUUCCGUGUUCUGCUGGCUCCUCCCGCUGCACUCGGGCGGCCCGUCGGUGGGCGGCGUCGCCUACUCGGCCCUGCCGGACUAUGACGUCUGACCUCGGGAGUUCUCGGCGGACGCGUUCUACGCUCCCCGACUCCCAGGAUUCUUUGCAAACUCGUUUACUGAACUGUCGGCAUGAAGCCGCCUCGCACUGAAAACACACACACUGAGAUUCCUUUUUAAAAUGUUUGUUUGUUUUUGCAUUUUAUUUAUUUAUUUAUGUUUUUGGAUUUUGUAGGUCUUACUGACGAACUGUUGACACACAGUCUAAUUGACACAUGGUGGAAAUCUCGGGUCAGUUUUGCUUCGGCCAUGAAGCAUUUUCGAUAGCACUUAAAGUCAAUUUCCACCUUAAAUGACAAACAAUACCAGUGUUGAAAAACAAUCUCUCUCUCUAUUAUUCCCCCCCCCUUGACAUAUGGUCUAACCCAUGGGAAUUGUACCAGCAACCACCCAUCCAUUUUCUGUAGCAUUUGUCCUAAUUAGGAUCACAAGUGAGCGGUUUUAUUUGUUUGCUACCUUUUUUUGUGGUUCAAUGGAACGUUACUGACUGUUGCACGCAGUACUGUGUGAAGCUUAUUAUGAUUAUUUUUUUAAAACGUUAAAAAGGGAUUGUUGAUGAUUUCUUCUUCAAUGCUGCUAACAGUGGGAAUGUUUGUCAAUAUGUGAUCACAGUGGCCACAUCCACUUUUUAUACAGAUGAGGCAAGAGGACCUUACAAAUUUUAAAUUGGAUUUUCUACAUUUUAUCAACCAAUAAAAAUCCUUAUUUGUGCGGUU